CCAGCUGGCUGUGAAUGGGCAGGAGAGAAGUGACGUAUCAGGAAGUGAAACGCGAACAGAAGUAGAUGGCGGGAGAGCGGAAAUACGUUAAAACAGGCGAAAAACGACAAGCAGAGUGAAAGUAAACCUGUAAUGUGGAGGAAACGGACAGUGAGCGCAGUGUAACCGUGACAACGACACACGAGGACGGAUUUAACGUGAUCAUAAAAUCGUCUCCAGACGGUCGUCGUUCGGUGACGAUAAUGGAUCUGUUUGCCAAAUGCCAUUAAGCUGUGAAGAACGAGAGGUGCUGUGGGUGUGGCCAUGGCUGCUGUUUGAUGAAGUGGACUGAACUUAAAGGAGAGACACAAAUUAAAGUACUGAUCCCGUCACAUUAGUGCGGAUUUGGUACCAAUACCACUGUCGGUAUCGCUUCUAUCGAUGCUUGUAUCGAUCCGCCCAGCCCCAGUUGAAGCAGCAAUGAGUUCGUAUCAGUAUCUGAGAGAGUUCAUCAAGCAGAGACUAACUGCUGUUUGUGAAGAAAUCUUCUCAGAGGUUCAAAAAACCAUCGUCCAGUAUGAGGAGGAGAUCAACCGUCAGCACAGACUGCUGGAUAUCAGCCGGACACCCGACAGAAACUCACACAUCAUAGGCCUCUCACAACAGCAUGACUGUGAGGAAGAGGAGGGUCUGGAUGAGGAGCAGGUCUGUAACCAGCAGAGGAACUCCAGUCUGGACCAGGAGGACCCAGAGCCUCCACAGAUUAAAGAGGGACAGGAGGAGCUCUGCAGCAGUCAGGAGGGAGAGCAGCUUGGACUGAAGCAGACUGAAGGCAUUAUCGUCUGGACUGAUGAAGAGCAGCUCAGACUGCUGGGGACCAUCUGGAAACCUGAGAUAAACUUGCACAGAAAGGACCUCCGACACCAACACAUUUGUGAGAAGGAAGUUCUCACAGACCAGCAGGCCUGUAACCAGGAGAAGAACUCCAGUCUGGACCAGGAGGAUCCAGCGCCUUCACAUAUUAAAGAAGAACAGGAGGAACUCCGCAGCAGUCAGGAGGGAGAGCAGGUUGAACUGAAGCAAGAGACUGAUAUCUUCAUGGUGACUCGAUCUUAUGAGGAAAGUGACCACAGUGAACCAGAGUCAAACAAAGAGCAGCUCCUUUUUCACAGCUCUCCUGAAGCAGAGAGCCAAGAUCAUGAAGAAAAGCAUGUGGACUCAGAAUCAAGUAAAAAUGCAGAGCUGAAGAAGAGGAAACACAGUCAGAGCUUGGACAACACCACUGUGUCAGAGAGUCAAAGUAAAUCUGACAAAGUGAAAAAGUAUGUACAAUGUGAAAUCUGUGGGAAAACCUUACAUACAUCUAAUCUGACUGCACAUUUAAGAGUUCAUACAGGUGAGAAACCACAUUGUUGCACCACUUGUGGCAAAGGAUUCAUUCAGAAAUCAAAUUUGAAGCGUCAUUUGAGAACACACACAGGUGAGAAGCCAUUUACUUGUAGCACCUGUGGGAAAAGUUUCGGUCUGAAACCAGAGUUGCAACGCCAUCUAAGAAUUCACACAGGUGAAAGGCCACAUUGUUGUAACACUUGUGGGAAAAGAUUUACUGACCUGUCAGGGAUCAUAGCUCACAGGAGAGUCCACACAGGUGAGAAGCGGUAUUCUUGUAGUACUUGUGGGAAAAGAUUCAUUCAGAAAUCAGGAAUGAAAACUCAUGUAAGAAGUCACACAGGUGAGAAGCCGUAUUCAUGUAGCACGUGUGGGAGAAAAUUUAGUCAUAAAUCAACACUGCAAACUCACGUAAAACUUCACACGGGAGAGAAACCACAUUCUUGUAGCAUCUGUGGCAAAAGCUUUGUUCAAAAGCCACACUUAAGUAGGCACAUGAAAAUUCAUGUUCAAAAAACCAUCGUCCAGUAUGAGGAGGAGAUCAACCGUCAGCACAGACUGCUGGAUAUCAGCCGGACACCCGACAGAAACUCACACAUCAUAGUUCCUGAAGACCUCCCACAACUACACGACUGUGUGGAAAAUGAGAGUGUGGAUGAGCAGCAGGUCUGUAACCAGGAGAUGAACUCCAGUUUAAUCUUUUUCCAGAUUAAAGAGGAACAGGAGGACCCAGAGCCUCCACAGAUUAAAGAGGAACAGGAGGAACUGUGCAGCAGUCAGGAGGGAGAGCAGCUUGGACUGAAGCAGGAGGCUGAUACCUUCAUGGUGACUCUAACUUAUGAGCAAAGUGACCACAGUGAACCAGAACCAAACAGUGAGCAGUACCUUCCUCUCAGCUCUCCUGAAGCAGAGCUGAAGAAGAGAACAGAUCAUGGUAAAAGUCUAGACGACACUCUUGUGUCAGACAGUCAGAGUAAAACUCAUACAAGGAAAAAUUCUGUGCAAUGCAACACCUGUGGAAAAAUGUUUCCCUAUAGAUCCCAUCUGAUUACACAUCUGAGAGUUCACACAGGUGAGAAGCUGUAUUCUUGUACCGUUUGUGGGAAAAGAUUUGGUCAGAAAUCCGAUUUGGAACGUCAUGUAAGAAUUCAUACGGGGGAGAAACCGUAUUCUUGUGCUAUUUGCGGUAAAAAAUUCAGAGAGAAGUCAGGUAUGGAGCGACAUGUGAGAAUUCACACAGGUGAGAAACCGCAUUGUUGUAGCAUCUGUGGGAAAAGAUUCAUUCAGAUGAUACAAUUAAAGAAACACAUGAAAAUUCACACUGAGAGAGCCACACACCAAACGCAAAAAGCGUUUACUGAAUCAGUCACGUGGUACGGCCGAACGUCAACACGAAGGUCAUCAAAACGAGCCCGACACAGACGUCUGUCAUUUUUUCCCUGUCCACGUUUCACUCCAGUAGGUGGCAGUAAUACACCUGUAAGCUGGUUUGCCAACUGCCAUCAAGCUCAGAAGAAGGAGAAGGAAGGAAGUGGAGGGCAAGUGUGGCUGUUUGAGUGGAGCGGUGUGUGCAGACAUGGCUGCUUUUUAACGAAGCGGACUGAAGUCGGAAGAGAGACACAAACUAAAGUAUUGAUCCCGUCACAUCAGUGUGGAUCUGAUCCCAACGUCGGCUUCACGUCAUCGAUGCUUGUAUCGAUCCGCUCAGCCCCAGCCUCAGCAGCGAUGAGUUCAGCUCAGUAUCUGAGAGAGUUCAUCAAGGAGAGACUAACUGCUGUUUGUGAAGAAAUCUUCUCAGAGGUUCAAAAACCCAUCGUCCAGUAUGAGGAGGAGAUCAACCGUCAGCACAGACUGCUGGAUAUCAGCCGGAAACCCGACAGAAGCUCACACAUCAUAGACCCCCUACAACAACACAACUGUAAGGAAGAGGAGGACCCAGAGCCUCCACAGAUUUACAAGGAACAGGAGGAACUCUGCAGCAGUCAGCAGGGAGAGCAGCUUGGACUGCUGGAGACCAUCUGUGAACCUGAUAUAAUGUCACACAGAAUAGACCUCCAACAGCAGCAUGUUGGUGAGGAAGAGGAGGGUCUGGGUGAGGAAGAGGAGGGUCUGGAUGAGCAGCAGGUCUGUAACCAGGAGAGGAACUCCAGUCUGGACCAGGAGGACCCAGAGCCUCCACAGAUUAAAGAGGAACAGGAGGAGCUCUGCAGCAGUCAGGAGGGAGAGCAGCUUGGACUGAAGCAGGAGGCUGAAGCUUUAGCAGACAACACUGCUGCUUCAGAGAGUCAAACUGAAGCAAGGGAAAAGUCUCUACAGUGUGACACUUGUGGGAAAACGUUUCAGUAUAGAUGCUUACUGGCUGCACAUUUGACAGUCCACACAGGAGAGAAACGGUUUCCUUGUAGCAAAUGUGGCAAAAAAUUCAGUCAGCUGACACGCUUGAAAAAUCACAUGAGAAUUCACACAGGUGAGAAGUCGUAUCCUUGUAGCACCUGUGGAAAAGAAUUCAGUAAAAAAUCAGCUCUAAAAUCUCACGCGAGAGUUCACACAGGCGAGAAGCACCAUUGUUGUAGCAUCUGUGGGGAAAGUUUCAUCUGGAGUAUGCAGUUAAUACGGCACAGGAGAAUUCACACAGGUGAGAAGCCAUAUUUUUGUGGUACCUGUGAGAAGAGAUUCAUUCGGAAGAUACAGUUAAAGGAUCACAUGAGAAUUCACACUGGCGAGUGUCCGUACUCGUGUAACAGCUGUGGGGAAAAGUUUAUUGACCUAUCAGCAUUGAAAGCUCACGUGAGAAUUCACACAGAUGAGAAGUCGUAUCCUUGUAGCACCUGUGGAAAAGAAUUCAGUAAAAAAUCAGCUCUAAAAUCUCACGCGAGAGUUCACACAGGCGAGAAGCACCAUUGUUGUAGCAUCUGUGGGGAAAGUUUCAUCUGGAAUAUGCAGUUAAUACGGCACAGGAGAAUUCACACAGAUUAACUGUUUCAUGCUUAGAGAAUAUGGGGACAGCUGCGAGUUAUAACAGUGUGCUGGUGGUAGAGCCGACACAGAGGAGCAGCCUUUUGCAGGAGUCUGCUCCUGUUGUGUAGACUUGUUCAGUUGUUUAUUAUCCAGGGAUCGAGUUCUGUUAUUGUUCUACUGAAGCCUCGUCUUUUUCUUUUUUAAUCAAAGCAAGAGUAACCAAAGCUGAGUGUGUUCAUUCAGGUUUUUAAGUCUCAGACAAACAUCUGGUUUUAGUUUUUAUAUAUACUUGAAUAAAUUGUCUCACAGUCACACAGUGUAAUGAUUUUCAGGCAUGGUACUUGGACUUUGCUGUUGUUGUUGUUGUUUUUUAAUAUAAAAAAUCCAGCUGUGUCUGCUAAAUGCAGAAUAAACUAAACUAAAUAAAGAUUACCUUCAAACUUCUUUUGACAGAGUUUCACUUUCAGGAGGAAAAUGUUUUAAUAAGUCAUAAUAAGUCACUUAUUGUGAAUUACAAAGUCUGUGGCACAAGAAAUCCAACAGCAAAUGUCUUCUGCCUGUUGUAGCUGCUACUAGGAGUGUUUAUUUGUUGGAGGGUGACAUGUUAUCAGAACGAGUGCAUAAUCAGCUCAAACCUGUCUGUCUAGAACACUUCCCUUGUGGGCCAGUGGUGCAAUGGACAAUCAUCUGACUGGAUUUUAAAAAAUCCAGGUUCAACUUCUGGCUGCUUUAGUCUCUUUGCAGCCUCCCUAUGAGGGCGUGAACACACUUUAUGGACAUGUAGAUACUGGGUACGGGAGAGAUGCUGGUGCUAUUAAUCGUUUGGAUUCAAAUGAAGGUUAGAACAGCAGCUCUGAUGUCUUGUGUGUAACUGUAUACUGAAAAUAUCACAGUGUCACGUCAGUGCACUCGUAGAAUAAAAAAACAAGAGCUUCAUUUCUUUGA